UAGUGUUUCUAUUUUUUAAGCAGAUAUUACUAAAUAUAGUAUGGCAGAAAAUGGUCUAACUGAAUUAAAAUCAAAAAGAACUCCUAAGAGAAAGUCAUUUCCAGAUGAAGAUUAUGUUAUUCCAAAAAAAUUGUCUAAUAAAAAAAAAACUGUUGUAAAUAAGUUAAAAGAAACUGCAAAUACUCAAUCAAAUUUAAUAAAAACUGAAACAAAGACAAAGGAAACAUAUGUUGACUCUUCAUUAAAAACAAAAAAAAAAGUUAUUUCUACUUCAAGUAAACAUCAAACAAAAGAUAAAAAGCAUCACAAUAAUAAAAACAGUUCAGAAAAAAUAUCUCCUGUAAAACAUGUUACAAAUAAUAAUCCCUUAAAAAAGUGUCCGAAAGCAACUUGUAAAAGUGUACGACCAGUUUGUUUUGCUAAUGGGAGCAAGUCAUGUUCUGGAGAUGGAUACACAGCUAGAUGGUAUCAUAUGUCAGACUAUGAACAUUUUUGUAAUAACUGUUUUGAUCAUUUCUAUAGAACACAUAAAGAUGGUUUCAAAGUCUAUGAGCCAUGGAAAGUGCACUGGAGCUCAAGCUGUAGAAAAGAAGCAAAUUUAAAGUUAUUUAUGUCAGAAGAAAUGCUCCCUUUUUGGUUACAGUGUGCUUCGUGUGAUAAAUGGAGAAAUAUUGGAAAUGACACAACUAAAAUGAAAAAGAACAUUUGUAAUUUUUCAUGCAACAAGAUUGAUAAUGUUACAUGUGUUACUGAAGAAUCUGAGUAUGUGAGUUCAGCUAAAAAUCCUGAUUGGAUUAGAAGCACAAUAGCGCUACCUUAUUUGAAAGAUAGCCCAGCAACACCUUUUUUAAAAGAUUUUUAUUACGAUGGAAUAGGACAGAGUCCACCAACAGUUACAGAAGAAUCUUCAAUAAAAUUUGCAGAAAACAUGGUUCCUUUCUAUAGCCCAGAAGAUUCUGAAAAAGCCAGAUGUAUAUGCGCUGAUGUUAUGACAGCUGAAGAACGCCAAGAGUUUUUUAAUCAUUUAAAAGAUCCAUCUAUGUUUCUUGCUUUACGUAAUUUGGUAAUGGCCAUGUGGAGUUUAAAUCCUAAGCAAUACCUGACACAUAAAUUGUGUAUGAAUAGUGUCAUAUGCAGAGGCUUAGGAAGAAUCACCUUAUCAGAGGAACUUAAAAAAGUGUUAGAUUUUUUAACAAUAAAUGGUUAUAUUAACUUUGGAAUACUUCCAAUAGUUCCAAAACCUUUUAACUUGAAUUACUGGAAGGGUUCUGUUUUAAUUAUUGGUGGAGGUAUUUCAGGUGCUGGAGCUGCUAGACAACUACACAAUGCAGGUUGUAAGGUUACCAUUGUUGAAGCAUCUGAAAGAUGCGGCGGUCGAGUAAAAGAUGACUUUUCACUUGGUAACUGCAUUGGAUUGGGUGCACAAAUAAUUACAGGAUGUAUCAACAAUCCACUUUUCAUUAUGUGUGAACAGAUCAAUCUGCCUCUUCGUUACUUGGGAACACGUUGUGACCUUAUUGAUGAUCAGGGUACAUCUAUAGAUCCAACUUUAGACCAAGAAGUUGAAUUUCGUUUCAAUCUCAUAUUAGAUUCUCUAGAAGAUUGGAAACAAGUCAUAAAUAAACAAAAGCAUGAAAAAAUUUCACUUUCAGAGGCUUUGGCUGAACAGCUUAAAGAACUUCAGAAAAACAUUUGCAAAGAAAUGACACCAAUCGAGAUGAAUCUUUUGCAAUUUCACCUUGGUAACUUGGAAUACGGAUGUGGUUCAUCUCUUCAAAAUGUUUCUGCUGUUCAUUGGAACCAAAAUGAAGAAUUUCCUCAGUAUAGUGGUGCUCAUGCCUGGGCUGAUGAUGGGUUUGAGCCUGUUAUAAAAAAACUUGUAGAAGGGAUUAAAGUUGAAUACAAUUGCCAGGUUGUUUCAAUUGAUACAUCGUCUAAAAAAGUUUCUAUUGAAACCAAGUCUGGAAUGAAAUUUACUGCAGAUAAAGUGAUAUGCGCAAUUCCAUUAACAAUUUAUCAAUCAAGAGCAAUAACAUUUAAACCAAAACUUCCAGAAGAAAAGCAAGCUGCUAUUGAUCGGCUUGGAGCUGGUUUAAUUGAAAAGAUUGCUCUCAAGUUUACAAAGCCAUUUUGGCGUAACAAAAUUGGUGAAGCUGAUUAUUUUGGUCACAUUCCUAGUUCUCCAGAAGAUCGUGGGCUGUUUUCAGUCUUCUAUGAUGUUUCUAAAGGGAAUAAUUAUAUUUUAAUGACUGUGGUUGCUGGUGAAUCAAUAAAAAUAAAAGCUCAGCUUUCUGAUAAGGAGCUAAUUCAAAAGUGCAUGGUUGUGCUCACAAAUAUUUUUAAAGAUGAGAUUGUACCGCAACCUACAGCUUAUGUAAUGAGCAGUUGGGCGACUGACAUAAAUAGUAAAAUGGCUUAUUCUUAUGUAAAAGUCGGCAGCUCGGGUGAUGACUACGAUAUUGUUGCUAAACCUGUCGGCAACAAUUUAUUCUUUGCUGGAGAGGUAACAAAUCGACAAUUUCCACAGACAGUAACAGGUGCUUAUUUAAGUGGUCUACGGGAAGCAAAAAGAAUCCUCUUAUGUGAAAGUUGACAGUUAACAUGACCAUAUCAGUAUGUUGGCAAUACUCUUGUGAAAUGAUACAAAUCACGCUCUGUUACAUUUUAGAUGAACAUUUUAGCAAAUUUUACUUUUAAUUUAUUGAUUUUUGACUAAUAAAUUAACUGAGAAUCGCAA